UCGAUAAAAGUGCCGGGUCCAAAUCAAUCAAACCAAGUGGGAGAGAUAACGGCGGUCCUAGUCGGAAUACAAUCAUUAAACCCAAUGUCACCAGCAAUAAUCAUCACUGACUCGCGGUAUGUCAUAGACGGACUAACAAAAAACCUAAAAAAUUGGGAAGAACGCGGAUGGAUAAACAUAGCGAACAAAGAGCUGUUUAAAGCGACAGCAUACCACCUAAGAAACAGAUUAGCACCAACAGCCUUCAGAUGGGUAAAAGGCCACAACAGGAUUAAAGGAAACGAAGAGGCGGACAGACUAGCAGGACUAGGUGCAACAAAAGACACUUACGAUCAAAUCAAUACCACUAUACCACAGAAUUUCGACCUCCAAGGAGCAAAACUCUCCAAAAUAUCGCAAGCCCUAGCAUACAAAGGAAUAUUAGCCUCCCCAAACCCAGAAUACAAGAGGCGCACGCUAGGCCUCCUAGACAUGACCCGCCACGCAGUCCAUGAAGUCUCUAAUGAACUUGAGACAGACCGAACAAUAUGGCUCAAUAGAAAACAUAAAGAUCUAUCCAAAAAAUUUCAAACCUUCACAUAUAAAGCGUUAAACAAUGCUUACAAAGUAGGAGACUUCUGGUCGCAAAUCGCCACACUAGAACACAGAGCCCUAUGCCCUACAUGUAAAGAAGACGUUGAAUCAAUAGAACACAUUUUAACAGAAUGCAACAACGUCACUGUAAAAACUAUAUGGCAACUAGCAAACUCCCUAUGGCCCGAAGAAAUAGCACCUUGGCCUAACAUAUCAAUUGGCCUAAUACUAGGAUGCGGAUCACUCAAAAUACCACACAACCCCGAUGAACUAGACCCAGAAGAUAACAAAAAGGCAGAGUCAAAACGAGGCGCAUCAAGAUUACUCAGAAUAAUCAUAUCCGAAUCAGCUUACCUAAUAUGGGUAUUGAGAUGCGAACGCGUAAUACAAGAAAUACCCCAAGACGAAGAAAAAAUAAAAAGAAGGUGGAUGAACGCAAUAGACAAACGUUUACAACUAGAUAGAGUAACAGCAAGCAAAAUAAAAAGAAACAAAAAGACAUACAACCUAGUCCACUCAACAUGGUCAAAAGUCACUGCACCAAAUAAACCAAAAAACUGGAUAACUUCCCUCGAGGUUUUAGUGGGUAUUACACUACACAGGCCCCCGCAGACCGAGGCAACCUAGGUAGUUCACAGAGCCCCACACACCCCUAGUAACUAGGGAGUGCGUAAGUGCAUUUUUUCCUCGGACCGGUAUCCCUGAUACCGCUAUAAGCGUUUAUAUAGGACUAGACAGUGUCAGUAGCUAUAUAAUAGACUCGCUUGUCCAAAAAAAAAAAGAAAGACCCUCUAGAGU